GGCCGACUCGACGCAGUCGUAGCAGGGAAGAAGAUGCGGUACCACGAUCGGCGUGUCACCGACAACAUCUCUGGCGGAGGAUUCAGUUAGUCCUCGUUUAUGCAGUCGCGACCGCUCCACGUCGUCGACCCUUCGUCCGCCUUCUCUGGAACAGCGGUCUAGGAGAGAGGAGCGCGACGAAGAGGCGGCCCUCCACGGUCACCGUGCUGCGGGAAGAUCGAGAUUUCGUCGUCGUCGUCGUCACCUGCGAGUGCGGCCCAGCAGCGUCGCCCUUGUUUGUGCAACGCAACCCUCUGCGAAUCCUCCGGUGUCGGUUUGCACAGCCGUGAACGCAGCAGCGGUAGCUGCCAGACAGCGCACCGCCGGAGCCUUCGCCGGGCCGUGAGCCAAGAACGGUUGUUUUUUCAGCUGGAAGUUUCCCGUUCAUCGAACAAAGGCAUCUCGUGCGGUUUCCUUCUCGAAGGUGAACAAGCCCGACCGGUGGCGGUGCACGCGGCCCGUGCUUGGGUCGCCAUGAGGAGCCACGCAAGCUGAGACAAAAAGCCGGCUCCUGAACAAACACAGGUCCCGAGGACCCCGAAUACCGCUUGACCACCGCCUCCUUUGCGUUCGUCGACGGCAGCAGCUAAGCUGCGACCACGUCGGCUGCGAACUCCGCGUUCCAUCACCGGGACACCGCGGCUGGACAGCGUUCAAGGAAACGAGGAAGCAGACCGGGCCAACAUGAGCCAGAAUGGCACCCUCUGGAAACCAGGGAGCACGGCCGACACAGCAGCCGGCGCCAACAACAAGAACAAUGCGGCGACAGCCCACGCCAUGGAGGACAAUGUGGACUACCAGUGCGGUCUGGGCAGCUGCCGUCCAAAGAUCCUUCAGCGGCUGGCCAACCCUAGGGUCUUCUUCAUCGUCUACAGCGUCAUGGGCAUUCUGCAAGGAGCCUACAAGACCUACUUCGUGGGAACACUGUCGACCAUCGAACGCCGCUUCGCCAUGUCCAGCAAGACGACGGGCAUCAUCCUCAUCGCCGACAACCUGAGCCCCAUCAUCAUCAACCUGAUCGCGGGCUACUACGCCAGCCGCAUCAGCAGGCCCAAGCUGAUGGGCAUCGGCGCGCUCAUGGUGGUCCUGAGCUGCCUGCUCAGCAUCGUGCCUUACCUGGUGUACGGGCCGGCGCUGCACAUCCUCUCUUCGAAUCCGGCCGAGCUGCUGGCGAGGAAGAAGCCGGACAACCUGCUGUGCAGCGCGGUCGGCAAGCACCACGACUGCGCGCCCGGAUCGGCCGCGGACAGCUACGUCCCGUUCGCGCUCUUUUUCGUGGCCAACUUCAUCAACGGCUUCGGAGGCUCCACCUUCUUCAUCGUGGGCAGCAGCUACAUGGACGACAACAUCCAGAAGAAGAACUCGCCUAUGUACUUUGGAAUGGGCUUCGCCUUCAGGCUCCUUGGGCCCGUCCUGGGAUUCCUUACCGCCGGGAUCUGCCUACGGUUUUACGAAGAUCCAUUCCAUGACCCUGGCAUCACACCCAGAGACCCGCGGUGGGUUGGCGCCUGGUGGAUGGGCUACAUCCUGUUCGCUAUGGGGCUGGCACUUGUCGCUCUUCCUAUGAUGCUCUUCCCGCGGAUUCUGCCGUCGGGAAAGCACUACAAAGUGAACAAUCUCCAGAAGCUGUCAAAAAGUAAAUCCAAGGACGGUCUCAAGACGGAAAACGGCCCAGAGAAACAUCCCUUCAUAAAUUUCGCCAUUUGUAAAGACAUUGUAGUAAUUGUCAAGAGGUUGGGCCGGAACCCAAUCUUCAUGCUGAAAACAAUCGGAGCAGUGUUUGUGCUUCACGCCACUGCGGGCUAUGGGACAGCCUUCACCAAAUAUGUGGAGUUCCAGUUUGGGCAAUCUGCAUCCAAAGCCAGCUAUUACACAGGAGCAGCCAAGGUGGUGACCACCAUGGUGGGGAUCAUGGUGGGUGCUGUGGCAGUCCACCGGCUGAGGCCACGGCCCACCAUCCUCGCGGGCUACUCUGCCCUUGUUGAGAUUGCCCUCACGACCGGGUUCAUCGCAAUGAUGUUUAUCGGGUGCGACAACCCCAUCGUUGCGGGAGUCAGCCCCGGCACCAACACCACGACAUCUCUCGUGGAUGCGUGCAACGUGAACUGUGACUGCACCACCCAGAUCUACGAGCCCGUUUGCUCGAACGACAAACUCACCAGCUUUUUCUCACCCUGCCAUGCCGGCUGCAAGGACGUGUCUCUGUCACCAAGCAACAAAACGGUGUACAGCAAUUGCAGCUGCAUCGCGACAACAGUUGCGGAGGCCAGCUCCUACGUGACGCCAGGUCUCUGUGGUUCCACGUGCAACAAGCUGAGCCUCUUCCUGAUGAUUGUCAUUGCCGGUCAACUUUUAGGCUCAACUGGCCGCAUUGGAAGCAUGCUCAUUUAUUUGAGGUGUGUAGAUCCAAUUGACAAAAGCAUGGCUCUUGGAACGACAUCGUCCCUGCUAAACAUGUUUGCCUUCAUCCCGUACCCGCUGGUGUACGGCGCCAUCCUCGACUCGUCCUGCCUCGUCUGGGAGGAGAAGUGCGGGCGCAGGGGAAACUGCUGGCUGUACGACAUCGAGAAGCUGCGCUUCUCCCUGCACCUGAUCACCGUCGUGUUCCUGGCCGUGGCCAGCCUGUGCUACGUGGCGGUUGUCUUCUUCAGCGGAAGCAUCACCAACUUCUACGAGGACGACUUGGAGGAAGAGAAGGCCGAGGAGGACCCCCACGGGAGCAAGUCCACCAUCACGGAAGCCAUUUCGAUGGAGAGCUUCCAGAAGGGUGACCAGGGAACCAGGUUCUGAAUCGCUCGCAGUGUACAUGCAUCAGCCGCUCAGCUCGAGGCGCCGACGAAGGUGCUGAAGAGCUCGUGAUACAAAGUGUGUCGGAACAAAUGGCGUGGAAUGGCAAAAUGUGCAUCGGUCGUUCUCGGCACGUUUGCCUCGCCUGGUGCGUCAUCCUCUCCGAGGCCGAAUUCCAAGUCUUUCAUUCCUCGUUGACUUUCCGGCCCGGCUCGUUCAUUCCGAGAGCCGGAGCUAGGUGUGCUUCAUUGUGAUACUACUAGUAGCAGUUGUACAGUUAUCAACACCAAAGUGACCAUUAUUGUAUGGGCCGCUUUGAAUGGUCACUCAUCUUUAUUGAGCUGCCUAAAUGAGACCUGAUAUCUAUACGUUUUGCAUUGUAAAAUAUUGAGAAGCGGUAGUGAGAUGUGGUUGGGCGCUCAUAGCCUAUUUUUCAUACUAGUGCCUGGAUGGAUUCCUGUACCAACCCGCAGAGAAACUGGCUCGACGUGCUUCAUGAGCUCUAGCCGUGUGCCUGGUUUGUGAGCAGAAUGUUUCUCAGUAUUAUUUUGAUUGCAGCAGUUUUGAGAAAUUAAAAAAAAAAAGAAGAAAAGCUUUCUCCUGAUUUUACUUUAAUUCUAUAAUAGUAUGCUGUUGCAGGCAAAACAGACCAAAAUGCCUAUUUAUGAUUGCAGCAAAUAAAGUUUCAAAGCAGUCAAUUUUGAGCAGGAGGGUUCUGCUUUUGAUGCAGAUUUCUGCCCUCUUUACUUUUCGUAGUGCGAGUCACAUAUUUCAGGUCUUCACUGGCAAUCAAUAAACAGCAGUGCGAGUCACGUAGGCUAUUACUUCUGACAUUGUGUGGCAUGUAUUACACUGAUCACAUUGAGUGUACCACACCGUAUCAUAUUGAUUGUCUACCUUGGCUCGAUGGAACGAGCCCCCUACAUCAUGUUUAAACACUUGAGGCCUUCAGAUUUUCAUGGAGAAUAAACACUCACCCAUGAACUA